AAUAAUACUAUGAAUAGUGCAUUAAAUAAACGAGCUAGUUUUUAUUGUCGUGCUAUGAUACAAUCACCAACAACACAAAUAACGAUUCAUCCAUUAUUACUUGAUUUUCUUGAACAAACACUUGAACAUGUAACAUUACCACAAGAACAAGAUAGACAAACUAAUUUACAACAAGAACAAAUGCAAAAUGCUAAUGAACAAACUUCUGAUAAUGAUCAUUUAAAAACUAUGUUUUUAAUUGAAGAUCAAUCAUCUACAACAUCAUUUCCAAUUGAUGUUGUUGUUAGUCUUUUUAUUCAACCAUCUGUUCUACUUUUUACAUGUUUACCAACACAUCCAAUGGAAUGUGAACUUCGUUUACCAACUGUUGAUGUUGUAUUUUCUUCAAAACGUGCUUUAUUAGAUAAUAUUCCAUCAUCAUCAUCAACAACAAAUGUUAAUGAAUCGGAACAAAUUCUUGAAAAUAGUCUUGGUGGUUUAAGUUUUUCACUUUAUAUGAAAGAUUUUCAUUUAAAUGUUUAUCAUCCAUUUUCUGGUGAAUCAAAAGUACAUUUAUUCGAAGAUAUACGUUCAGGACAAUUACGUACACGUAAUGCAUUAGCAGUUAGUGUACAAUCUGUUUCAUUUAAUAUAUCACGUACACGUUAUACAUUAAUUGAACGUGAUGGUGAAUUUUUAAAUAAUAUACAAUUAUCAAUUAUUGGACAAAUAUCAAAAGCACAAUUUGAAUAUGAUAUAAAACGUUUUUCAGAAAUUUUAACAUUUCCAAAAAUAUGGUAUAAUCGUUCAUUAGCUCGUCGAUUAUUCUUAGGUGAUGAAACUAUUCCAACAACAAUGGCAUCAUCUUCAUCAUCAUCUUCGACAUCAUCAACAACAUCCAAUACAUUUACACGACCAAUAGCUCCAACAAUUAUAAAAACAACAACUAAUAAACAAUUACGUAAAGAAGCUCGAGUACUUUUAGCAAUACAAUUAAAAGAAUUACAAGUAUCAAUGCGUAUGUCGAAUGUUAUGGGAAAAGUUGAAUGGAAUACAACUGAUGUUUGUUCAACUGCAAGUUUAACAUUAACAAAUGAUGGACAAAGAGCAUUAUUCUUUUCAGUAGGCCUUCAAAAAUCUGUAUUUCAAGCAGAUGAAGGCAUUGUAGGAGGAAUUAUUCGGUUAAAAAAUCUUCGAACUACAGGUCUUAUACGACAUGCUCUUCAUGAUCCUGCACUUCUCAAUGAAUCAUGUCAUACAUUCGAUGUUUUAGCAGAUGCUAUUGAAAUUCGUCUUGAUUAUAUGAGUUUUCCAACAUUAAUGGGUCGUAUAAGUCAUAUAUUACUUCGAUUAAAAGAUGAUCAUCAUGGAACACCUGGAAAUGUUUUAACACCUUCAUCAACACUUGUAUUUGUUAAUAUGGAAUGGUCACAAUUACAUUUAAUGAUAACACGUUCAACAACACCAGAUAUAAUAAAAAUGAUUAUGAAAUUAUCGGAAUUUUUCAAUGCACAUUUACAUAAUUCGAAAAGUUUAUUAGCAUCAAUUCAUUCGGAUUUUCAUGAUGGUAUUAAACGAAAUAAUGUCGAGAAAAAAACUACAACUGGACAAUCAAAAUAUGAUACAAAUAUUAUAAAACGAUAUAUUGGUAUGCAUGGAGGAGAAUUAAUGUUACAAGGACAUAAUUUAACAUUAGUUGUUUUUCAUGGAUCGAAUUUUAAAGCACGUCAAUGGGCUUUAUUUUCACUUAAUGAACCACAAAUUAAUUUUGUUACUGAUCGAGGCGAAAAUGAUGAUAUUAAUCAAAAAUUAUUCUUCUAUUUGGGACAUCAAGGACAAACAAUACCAGCUACUCCGAAAUCACGAACAAAUAUGGCUUCAAUAUCAAAAGUUAUAAGAAAUAGUAAUGAAGCACCACCAUCACAUUUAACCAUUAAUGAAUGGUUUAAUUAUGCUAGUUCAACUAUUUCUGCUGUCGGUUUACGUGAUUUUCCAACGAUGGAUGAUGUACCAAUUCCUACACCACCAACUAAAGUACGUUCAAAACAAUAUGAACAAAAUGCUGAAUCAAUAUUUAUUCUUCCUGCUCUUGAAUUACGUUUUCAAACACGUCAAUUAUCUGGACAAGUACAUUGUAGUUUUGAAACGGAAUUCUAUGAACAUAUUAUGUUUUCAUUUAAUGCUGAACAUUUUUAUUUCUUACAUGAUCUUAUUUCAUCUUAUAUGAAAGAAAAAGAAAAAGCAACAGCAACAGCACAUGACAAGCCUCGCUCACGAGCAACAGCAGCAGGAUCACAUCCACCACCACUACCGUCAACAGCAACUACAAAUGACAAUCCAACAUUAACAUCAUUUGAUGAAGUACGAAGUGAUGAUAUACGUUGUUAUCAUUGUCCUGAUGCAAAAUGGAAA